AAGAAGAGAAAGAAAUAAUGCGGCGACACAGACAGCACAUCUGGAGGGAGGUGACAGGGGAGCUCAAGUGAGAUUAUUUCUUAUUGCAGCAGUGCCAGAAUGUCGCGGAACAGUUCGCUGGGGUUUAAAUCUGUGAUCGGGUAAGAGCCGGCCCCGGUGUUGAUGUCGGAUUCUGCGCGUCCUCCUCCCUGCUCCUCCCGGUAACACGGCAGCGGAGGAGGCGGGAGAAAGGUGCGGCAGGGUUGGGGGGUGGGGGUGGAAACGCGAUGGCUGCGGGUGGAGCGCGCGGGGAAACGCUGGAGCAGUACCGCUCCGAGGUGGAGCGGCUUACACACGAGCUCGCCGAGGCUAACCGGGAGAAGAUCCGUGCGGCUGAAUGCGGACUCGUGGUGCUGGAGGAAAACCAAACCCUGAAGCAGCAGUACGCAGACCUCGAGGCCGCGCAGGACACCCUGAGGCAGGAGCUGGAGCAGCUGCACGAGGCCUUUAGUCAGGCAUACUCCAUCCAGAGGAAGGUAGCAGAGGAUGGUGAGACCAACGAGGAAGCACUCCUACAGGAGUCGGCCACCAAGGAGGCGUAUUACAUCAGCCGUCUGCUGAAUCAGCAGACUGAACUGAAGCACACUCGCUCUCAGGCUUCCAACAUGCAGGAAGAGAAUGAAAGAAUGGGCACCAUCUUGCAGGAACUUAGAGAGAGCAGCGAGAUGCUGGAGUUACAGAGGAGCAGGAUGAGAGAAGAAGUGAGAGAGUAUAAGUUCCGAGAGGCUCGGCUGCUGCAGGACUACACCGAGCUUGAGGAGGAGAACAUCACACUGCAAAAAUUGGUGUCGACUCUCAAACAGAACCAGGUGGAGUAUGAAGGUCUGAAACAUGAGAUCAAGGUCUUGGAAGAGGAGACGGCCUUGCUGAAUAGCCAGUUAGAGGAUGCAUUGCGCCUGAAGGAUAUCUCAGAGAGUCAACUGGAGGAGGCACUUAAUGCGCUGAAGAGUGAACGUGAGCAAAAGAACUGCCUGCGUAAGGAGCUAGCCCAGCACUUUACCCUGUGUGACGGACCUUUCUCUUCAGCCAGUGCCCACCUGGUCGCCCUCGGCUCAGCGCCCCCGAGUGGCAGUGCCACCCCUACUGCUGUCAGUUCUCCGGGAAGCGAGGAUGGUGGAAAAUGCAAUGGACUGCUGCUACAGGGUUCAGUUGGAAAAGCACUGGGCCGACUAAAUGGGGACUUCAGGGGACCAGGUCAGAGAAAACUGAGCGACUCCAUGACCCCUGACCUCUUCAGUGAGCUUCACCUCACCGAGAUUCAGAAACUUAAACAACAACUGCAGCAGGUGGAGCAGGAGAAGACAUCUGCACUGAAUAGCCUUCAGGAGUGUGAAACACAGCUACGACACACACGGCAGGCCCUGACUGAACAGUAUGAGAGGGCGCAGCAACUCCAACGGCAAGUUUGUACAGUACACCAGCAGGGAAGUGCCACAGAGACUGGUGAUGAGGACAAGCUGGAGGCAGAGGUGAAGGGCCAGUCAUGGGCAUGCGAUGACCUGGAGCACCUGGGUCUGGAACUAUUGCAGUGUAAGUACAAAUUAGCAGUGACAGAGGUGGUGAGCCUUAAUGGUGAGCUGAAGGACCUUCAGGAGAGGCAUAAAGAGUGUGUGGAGCGGGCAGCACGGGCAGAGGAACAUGCCAAGGUCCAACUACAGACUCUGGAAGCACAGGUGGCUUGCCUGGAAUGCAACUGCCGUGAGGGGAGGGAGAAGGAAGUAGCACUUCAGCGAGAGCUGAAGAAAGCUAAUGGUUCUGCUUUGGAAUGCCACAGUACCCUGGUUACAGCCCACGAGGAACUGGCCACCUUCAGCGAGGAACUGGCACAGCUGUACCAUCAUGUCUGCAUGUGCAACAAUGAAACACCCAACCGUGUAAUGCUGGAUUAUUACCGCCAGGGACGGACCCCCCCACGUGCUACAUCCACAGGUCUUAAAGCACAGGAUGACCAUCGGGUCUUCUUGACACCAAGGCUGGCGCGCCGUCUGGCGGCUAUCAAUGCUGCCACAUCUUGCACUUCGACGCCAAGUGACUCACAGAGCCCCACAGAGUCACCGUCCAAAGAUCCCCUCAACUCGGAGGACAGCCCAGCGCGCACAGUGCUGAGCUCAUCCGCUGUCAGUGCCUCUUCAUCAUCGUCGUCCUCAUCGCCAGCACCUGAUUCACCUGCAGGCUCAGACACCCGGCGCGAACCCAUCAACCUCCACCACCUGAAUGCCAUUAUCCGCGAUCAGAUCAAGCAUUUGCAGAAGGCCGUGGACCGCUCAUUGCAGCUGUCUCGCCAAAGAGCAGCUGUCCGUGAGCUCGCACCACUCUUUGAUAAGGAAAAAGAGGCUUGUAUGGAAGAAAUUCUCAAGCUUAAGUCCCUGCUGAGCACUAAGAGGGAGCAGAUUGCCACCCUGCGCCUGGUGCUGAAAGCCAACAAACAGACUGCAGAAAUGGCUCUGGCGAACCUGAAAAGCAAGUAUGAGACUGAGAAGAGCAUGGUGACUGACACAAUGAUGAAGCUGCGUAAUGAACUGAAGGCACUAAAAGAGGAUUCUGCCACAUUUUCCUCACUAAGAGCCAUGUUUGCCACACGGUGUGAUGAAUACGUAACACAGCUGGAUGAGAUGCAGAGGCAGCUUGCAGCAGCUGAGGAUGAAAAAAAGACACUGAACUCCCUUCUCCGUAUGGCCAUUCAGCAAAAACUGGCACUAACGCAGCGUCUGGAGGACUUGGAGUUCGACCACGAGCAAUCACGCCGCCCCCGCAUAGGCAGGACGGCCAAACUGAGGACCACAUCACCCAAAGUAAGUGGAACAGCCACCUCGCCCCUUUCUGAUACCCCGUCCACUGUAUCUGAGGCAGUUGCAGAAACCUCAUCUAUCUCAUCCCCUACCGUAGUCACUCCUUUGCUGUCCUCUGACCCAGGCAGUCCCCCGGCUCUGGAAGCCCCUUCCUCUCCUGCCUCAUCUUUUUCCUCCUCCUGGACUCCCCCGGUUACGCCCUAUAGCCGGGGCCACACCCACUGGACGGUGGGUAUGCGGGCAUAUGUGGUGGAACCGCACUCCUAUGGUGUGGACAUUCAUACCACCAGUAUGUCCCGAAGCACCAGCUUGGCCCGUCGCUAUGCAAUUGAGUCGGUCUAUUCAUCGGGUUCACUCCCCCCCUCCCCCUAUCGUUCGUCCAUCCUGGGCACUUAUCGCUCCACCUGGAGCUCGCCCAGAUCUCGUCCACUCUCCACAGUCCUAGCGCACCCCACCCACACAACCAGAUACACUUCCCCAUCUUCCUCCUCCUAUGGCCCACCAUACCCAAGAAAUUACACUUCUCAGCACCCCCGCUACUGAAGGCUCGGCGGGGUGGCACAGAGAGGAGGACAGACUGGUUUCCUAUUUUUAUAGUUUCCGCUGCACUCUGCAACUUUGGUGACUGUUUUCUGCUCAGGGAUUUUGUGGAGCACAAACGGCUCUGCCUUCCUCCAAGAGACAGUUAAUCGGUUCUCAGAACACUGUUCGCUGUUUCCGACCUCUCACGCAGUUCAUUCUGAGCUGAACUUGGUGGGCCUUUUCAGUGCAAGCCUCCGAAGUCAGAGAUUACAUUUACUUUUACGAAAGUGUCAGCUGUGUUGCUUUAAAGCAUUGUUGUCUUGUUUAAAUGGGAAUAUAUCAUUAUAACAAACCAUACAAUUUACAUGAAGGGGUUUGGAAGUGUCUUAUUAAUUACAGAACCAAGAAAUAUGCACUGUAAAAUCCAUCACUGUGUAACAGCUGUAUGACUUUUUAAUACUAAUUUAGCUUCUUCUUUUUUUUUUCCUUUUUUUUUAACAAGACUGACUUUUGAAAUCUUGAAUAACGAGGGGUUUUAUGUAAGUUAGGCCUUUCAGUAUCAUCUCCUCUGCUUAAGCAUAACCAAAUAUAGUUUUAGCGUUGGUUUGUGUUUUUCACUGUUAUUCAAGCUAAAGGACAGUGCCCUUUGCUGCAAAAAUACAGAUUAUUUUGUUUUCCCCAUUUUUGUCGGUAAUCAUUCACAGUCCGUGACCUGUUCAGAGUCAGCAUCACGUCAUAUUCGGUUUGCCCAUUUUCAUUUAAAGCACUAGCAAACGUGCAGACAUGACCAUUUGCCAUAAUUCCAUUUACACCUAGCUAGUUGAUGACUCUUGGCUUUCAUUGGUUCAUAUCAUUUCGUGAUGAAAAAGCAAUCAAAGAGGGAGAACAAAGAGCCUGCACAGUUUAAAUAAUGUCUGGAACAUUUCAAUAAAGAUUGAAUGUAAUCUUUAUUAAGUGAUAUCUAAUGUCUAAUAUGUCUAAUAUACACAACAAAUCUCAGGGAAUAGCAUUCUUGGUCUUGUAAUGGUGGCAUACGGUGGCACAAAUGGCAUAGGUUAUUUGAAACAUAAACAGUGUAUUAUUUUUUGCUUCUAAAUUUAUGUUUAUGUAUAGUAUCCCAUGAAUUGGGUUUGAUUUGAAUCAGAUUGUUUUGCCCUUCGCUAAUGGCGCAUAAUAUUGUCUCCAAAUUGCAUUGCCAAUCAGACGGUUCUAUUUACCAUUACAACUUCUCCACACUUAUUUACAGUCAUUUCGAUAGUGACGAGCAAGAGCAUUAUUAGCAUCCCUCUGUAACAUCCUGGCAAUUUUUUUUUUUAUCCCACCAAAGACACUGAAGGCAUAUGAAAGCCUUCAUAUCAUCUAGACUUUUGAUUAUGCAAUUUAGAACAGCUUUGUCUGAACCCGCUGUCUGAACCCGGAGACUGAAGCAUUUGACAAGUUCCCGAUUUCCACCUCGUCCAGCUUGACAUACUCCAUUAACAUUCCACAUCAUGUGGAUUUGUGCUACGUUGUUGAGAACAUCGCACGGCCCUCACAAUACACAGUACCUCAGAAGAUCAUUGGCCCCUGAAGGAUAUAAUGUACAAUUAGGGCUGCUGUUAUCCAUGAAAGUUGCUGUAAUUAACAUAUAUAACAUACAUGUUGUAUACUGCUCUGGCCCGGCAGUUUUCUUAUUGCACAGCUAUGAAGGUAGAAGGUUAGAGGUCUUGUAAUAUUGUACAGUGUUGUGAGGUGGUUUCUGGGGCUGGUGGUCAGAUAGGGAGGAACGGUAGUCUAGUGAUUUUGUUGAAGCUCUGCAUGUGCUCAGGCGUUUAUUGUCAUAUUGGGAUAGAAACGUUUCAGAGAAACCUCUCAGACCUCCUCUGUGUGACACCCCUUUCUAUUUUGCACCGUCCUUAAACACACACACACACACACACACACACACACACACACACACUCACAUUACUAAUAUCUUGUCUGUCCCUGCCCCACCACCCCCUCAGUGCAAUUCGGUUCCACU